AUGUUCCAGGCAUCGGCGAGCCUGGAAACCAAUCAACUACCUACAGUGUCGACUUGUCUUGUUCCGUCGUCUGCUUGGGGCUUAGUACACCGCGUCAGCCCGUUCCGGGGACACACGUGGAUAGUGCCGACACCUCAGACCGACUGGCAAGCCAUCACCGUCGUUAUCACCGGCUUCAUCUUGUCUGGGUUUCCCUAUGAAGCCGCUUCUCUCUCUUCCCCCUUGCCCCUUUGGUCCGCCUCCCCCAAGCCAGAAGCCGACUCACAUCUCACCCCCUUCUGUCGUUUCGGGGCCCUAGCACAAGUACUCCACCCGCCCACCCGUCCAUCUACCCAAACUAAUGGUUCUCGCGACUGUACAUCUGCUGUCACGGCCCCGUCAUCACCACACACCGCGACGGUUACUCUCGACACAUGGCCGAUCCUUCGUUCUGGUGGAAACACCCCCGACAUCAGCCGUCUGCUCGUCACAUUCUUCCCCAUUUCGGUUGACACACCUUUGCCUCUGUUUACGAUAAUUUUGGAGUGGUCCGGUCUCAGCAGCCACCCAUUCCGUGCACAGACUGUUAUGUUGCAUCCGUGGUGGUGCGGUAUAUUAUGCCCAGAGGAACAAAUGCGAGGCCCCGAAACGGGAGGUACCUUAAUCCAAGUACCUGACCGUGACUUACAACAACUACGCCGCUCUGCCGUCUUUGCCCAUCUCUCGCAAUUCACAGGAUCCUAUGGUGCAUCCACUAAUCAAUUAUUGCGCGGCUUCAACUGUUCAUCUGCAUGCGCGUGCCGAUCAGGCCUCACCAUAAGCCACUGCCCUAGGGAUGAUAUGCUUCGGACGAAAUUCAGUCUUCCCUCGAAGUGA